CCUUCACCGCCGCUUCACACAGUGUGAGCGAGCUGCACGGGAUGUGACGUCAGGGCGUGGGCGGACCCCUAUGGUGUGUUGAUUUCCCGCGGUUUGGCGAUUCAUUACGACUGAGGAGUUCACUUUUUUGUAUUUUUUUUUGUUUUUCCCCCAAAGCGUACGAAGAGUCGCUCUUCGAAGACAGCCGACAGAGAGUUUCUACAGCUCCUUGUCUGUCGGUAGACUGAAAUAUGCCACCGAAAAAUUCCAGGAAGGCAGCCUCUUCCGCCUCUGCUGCCGAAGGCUCAAAGCCGGUCUCAAAGCAGCAGCCGGGAAGCGAGCAGCAGAGCCAGGAAUCGCGACUGAAAGACGAAAGACAUAAAGACAAAGCAGCUGAACUUGUCUCAUUGUGUGAGCAUUUCAGAGUUGCAGAUGAAGUUUGUGAUAAAGCUUGGGAGUUAUCACAGAUUCUCCUGUCUUCAAUGGAAACUGUGCAGGAAACUAACAAAAUGCUUUAUGGAGCUUGUUUGCUGAUUGCUGCGAUAGAACUAGAUGCAGUUCAGUUUACACUUAGUGAUCUGCUGAAGAAUAUAAAAAUGAAUGUGUCUGACUUUUUUAAUUUGCUGAAAAAGCUGGAUGUAAAUAUGGACACCAUCAGCACUAAAGUGAACAGUGUUGUCUCAAGGCUCGAAAAAAAAUAUGAAGUACAGCAUGCCCUUUAUCAGAGGUUUGAAACAAAUUUAAAGAAAAUUUUUGUCGAAGAAUCCAGUACUCGCGUGAAGGCAGUUUCAGAUCCAAAAUCAAUUGUUAGAAGCUGUUGGAUUUUGUUUUUGCUUGCAAAAGGAAAAGUGUUACAGAUGGAAGACGACCUUGUGAUCUCUUUUCAGCUUCUGCUGUGUGUCCUUGAGUAUUUUGUUAAGUUGUCACCUCAUGCACUUCUAAAGCAACCUUUCAAGGAUGUCGUUAAAGAUCUGAAAGAAACCGUACCAAUCCGAUCCUCCAGGAGGGGAACAGGCAGAAUUGUACGUACUGCCCCCAAAACCGUAGAGCCUGACUUCCGGGUUGUGGAAGUCCUGUGCAAAGAAAAUGAAUGCAAUAUUGAUGAGGUGAAAAAUGUGUAUCAGAAAAGUUUCAUGCCUUUUUUGGAAAUGGUUAAUUUGACUAACCAGGAUGGGAUACCCAAGGAAGAAGAAUUUUCUAAGCAAUAUGAAGCACUAUAUAUGAAGAACAAGGAUAUAGAUGCAAGAUUAUUCCUGGAUCAGGAUGAAACAUUACUUCGUUCGAAGACUGAAGAGCUACUGCUGGAACAAACACCCAAGAAGAAUUGCUUAGACGAUGACUCCAAUCUGAUUCCUCCUCAGACCCCUGUAAGGGCUGCCUUGAAUUCGAUUAAUCAACUGAAAGUUAUCCUGAAUUCUGCAAGCAGCAAGCCUUCUGAAAAUCUGAUGAAAUAUUUUGGUAACUGCACAGUAAAUCCCACAGAGGGUAUUGCCAAAAGAGUGGACAGGCUUGGUAUGGCAUUUACAGAUCGAUUUGCUAAGGCAAUGGGACAAGCUUGUGCUGAAAUUGGGUCUCAGAGGUACAAGCUGGGUGUUCGUUUGUACUACAGAAUCAUGGAAAUCAUGCUGAAGUUGGAAGAAAUGCGUCUAUCUGUUCACAAUUUUAGUAUGUUAUUGAAUGAUAAUAUUUUCCACACAUCAUUGUUAGCCUGUGCAUUGGAAGUUGUUAUGGCUACAUAUGGCAGUACCAAUUUAAAAAGCUUUGGCUCAUCGGAAACAGACCUGCUCUUUCCUUGGAUACUUGAUGUGUUUGGGCUGAAAGCCUUUGACUUCUAUAAAGUAAUUGAGAGCUUCAUCAAAGCUGAGCCAAAUUUGACCUGGGAAAUGAUAAAGCAUCUAGAGCGUUGUGAGCAUCGCAUCAUGGAAUCCCUGGCUUGGGUCUCGGACUCUCCUUUGUUUGAACUGCUCAAACAGCUGAAGGAGCAAGGAGUUCAGGUGGAGCAGUCUGAAAUGCCAAGCGGCCUCGAUCUCCCGCUGCAACACAAUCACACCGCUGCAGACCUGUACCUGUCUCCAGUCAAGACGCCAGGAAAGAAAGCACCUCCUACAAAUGGCAGGAAGCCUCCGACAGCUAACGACCACGCACCAGCUAGUGCUCCAGCACAGCUGACAUCUCAAAAAAUGCAGAAAUCUACCUCACUUUCUCUUUUUUACAAGAAAGUUUUCCGCCUGGCCUACAAGCGUCUCAACAUGCUGUGUACGACUCUACUAAGAGAUCAUUCUGAGUUGGAGCCGAUCAUUUGGACCCUCCUUCAGCACACACUGCAGCACGAGUAUGAACUCAUGAAGGACAGACAUCUUGAUCAGAUAAUGAUGUCUGCCAUGUACGCAAUCUGUAAGGUGAAGAACAUUGAUCUCAGGUUUAAGACCAUUGUGACGGCCUACAAAGAUUUACCCAACACUAACCAAGAGACUUUCAAAAGAGUUCUUAUUCGAGAAGGGCAGUAUGACUCUAUCAUUGUUUUUUAUAAUCUAGUUUUUAUGCAGAAACUGAAGACCAAUAUCCUGCAGUAUGCCUCAUCUAGGCCUCCAACACUGUCUCCCAUCCCACAGAUACCUUGCAGCCCAUAUAAAUUAUAUGCCAACUCGCCCCUGAGGGUACCAGGCAGCAACAACAUCUACAUCUCACCUCUGAAAAGCAGCAUGUUGUCACCAACUAAAAAGAUCCAGAUAUCUAUUGGGGACUCAUUUGGGACUUCAGACAAGUUCCAGAUGAUUAACCAGAUGGUAAGCAGUGAGUGGUCCCAUAAAAGAGGAAUGGACAUGGCAGACGCCCCUCGGCCACUGAAGCGAUUACGUUUUGAUGCAGAAGAAGCAGACAACAGCAAACCUGCCCAAGAGUCGAUGUUCCAAAAGAAGUUGGCCGAAAUGACAUCAACGAGAACCCGAAUGCAGGAGCAGAAGCUCAAAGGUGGAGUGGACUCUUUGAGCAGGGAAGAGAAAUGAAGCGUCGCCCCGCCUUGCACAAAAGAGACCUCUGCUGGCUUCUAGUCUGCCUUCAGGAUCCAAAAAAGUGUUUUUCUUUUAAAUCAUUUGGAUGUUUAAAUCCAUUUUGUGUGUGUGUGUGUGUGUAUUUUUUUACUUUAAAAAACAUUUUUAUUUGCACUGUAGUGGUGCAUUUAUUUUUAAUUUAUACAUCUGCAAGAUUUUGUUUUUCUGAUGAUUUAUUGUAAUUUAAAUAUGGAACACUGGAGCAGGUGAGGGAAAGGUGCGCUGUGUCUGCUGUAGUAGGAAGCUUUAGAUUGAUUAAAAGAAAACAUUUUCUGUCUCCAAACAGGUAAAAAAAAAAAUCAUUUAUCUCAUUUGUUUGUGUCCUUAAAGGUCCUCUCAAAAACUGAAUUUUCUAUUACUCUUUCAUUCUUUAUGUCUAUACUGUCACAUUUUGUUUUUAAAUAUUGUUGCUGCUGUGAGAUUGAAAUCCUAACGUGUUACUAACACCACAGCAGAGACCACGAAGAAUAAACUGGCAAAAGAGGCGAAUAAAACGCAAAAUGUAUGACGUCAAUUCGGUCACAGUGUGAGAUCUGAGUGAAACGUGCAAACGAACAGAAGCCAAAGUGUUUACUCCUCAGGAUGUGCGUCACGGAGUAGGAAAUGCGAGGCCCUUUGGGCCCCCUGCCUGCUGAUUUACAGUACGAGCCAAGCGAUGGCUCCUCACAUGUAGAAUGUAGCGCUUCAUGUGUACCGUUAUAUUCAUUCAUAUGUUAGCAGAAAAUAAUGACCACACUGGAGAACACUAGAGACUUGUAUUGAACAAUUAAAAACAAUCAAAGGCAAAUUAUGUCUCUAUAAAUGUCAAUAAUGGACCAAGAAAACCUUAAUGGAGAAGCUGAAGGCAGCAUGUCGACUUUCAUAGUGCACAGCAGAACCUCUGAAAGUCUCCGUUACGGACUGCGGCUGAGGCCAACUCGUUUUGCUGUUAAUCUGUGAUAUGUUCCAGAUGAGGGCCACAGGUCGGUUUCAUCUUUCAAAAUUAAAAACUUGAUCACAUUGGUUUUUACUUGAACCAAAAACAAAAAGUAGCACCACGAGAACUGACAUAAAAUGCAACACGGCACCUCGAUUAUUUGGUGGUGUUGGUGUUACCUUUGCAAGGUUCCCCUUCGUUACGCAUAUUUGAGAGUGGCUGUCUGCCCUGUUUAUUAACGCACAUCCGCAGCCAUUUCGAUGUUAACGUUGCACUCUUGUGCCGUUCGCUCAGAUUUUUGAGCUCGGUUCUGUAAAAGUGAAUAUUAGUGGUCUGCCAGACCCUCUGCACAGGUAACCCCACGUGAGCUGGACUCACUAGCCAAGCCAGAGUUGUUGACAAAACUGGCUCUGAUCGUCUUGUCAGGACUGAACUUUUCAGGAAGAAAUCCGCCAUUCUCCGAGUUCAAUCACAGUUUUAUUUCCUUCUGUGUUAUCAUGAGUCAUUUCCAAACACUGGUAAGCGAUGAACUGCAUCUGUCCCUACGAGAUAUGAAUUGAAUGUGACAUGACAACAUUUUAAUGAUGGCAUCUCAACGCUUCUGUAUCCUGUUUGAUUUUUUUUUUUAACUUUUCCUUAGCAGUACCAGAUUUGUAUUAUAAAGAUGCUUCUCAAAA